GCAGAGUAAAAAAAACUCCAUUAAAGAUAGACUUUUUAGAGAGAGAGAGAGAGAGAGAGAGAGAGAUAGAGAGAAAGGUUCAGGGUUCAGUUUCUCUUUUGUAGAGGAGGGGGCUGAUUAAAAUGAUGGGCGAAGAAGAGAAAACAAUAGAAGAAGAAUUCUCAUACCCAAUAUUACUAGCAGAAAGAAUUCGUAAAUCAGUAGAAGAAACAGAAUCAUUCAACGUUGAGUGUGCAGAAGUAGGUAAACAUAUUGAUCGAUUAUCUCAAAUGUUACGUUCCGUAAUUAGAUUAUCAACAAAUACUACUAAUAUUAAUCAAUCUUCUUAUUCAUUCUAUGAACGUCCAAUUCGUCGUAUAAUAUCAGAAAUAUCAAGGAAUUUAGAAAGAACAUUAACCCUCGUACGUAAAUGUAAAAGGAAUGGUUUAUUUCAUUUCGUUACAUUUACAAUAACAUCAGCAGCUGAUUUCCGCAAGGUUUUUAAUUUGUUAGAUUCUUCAAUUGGUGAUUUAAGAUGGUUAUUGAGUGUUUAUGAUUUCAAUUCAAUUGAUUCCACUGGUAUUGUUCUUUCAUUACCUCCUAUUGCUAGUAAUGAUCCUAUUUUAUCAUGGGUUUGGUCUUAUAUUGCCGCUUUACAUAUGGGGGGUGUAUCUGAUCGUGUCGAAGCUGCAAAUGAACUUGCUAGUUUAGCUAAUGAUCAUGAUCGGAAUAAGAAGAUUAUUGUUGAAGAAGGAGGUAUACCUCCGUUACUUAAGUUAUUGAAAGAAGGUGCUUCACCUGAUUCACAGAUUGCUGCCUCUAAUGCCUUAGCUAAUUUGGGGACGGAUCAAGAAAAGGUUAGAAUUAUUGUGUCGGAACAUGGUGCACAAAUCAUUGUUCAAGUGCUUAAUGAUUCUACCAUGAGAGUUCAGAUUGGUGUUGCUAAAUUGGUUUCAAGAAUGGCAAAGAAUGAUCCUGCUGCUCAAGAGGAAUUCGCUAGAGAAAAAAUUAUUAGGCCACUUGUUUCUUUGCUUUCUUUCGAUACCUUUGUGGAUGAACCCAAGUCUUUUCCUGGAAAACCUACUAGCUUUCAUUCUUUGGUCAGGAUUAACAAGGAGUUACAAGGAGGAGAAGGAGGAGGGAAUGUGGGCGGUCAACAGAAUCAUUACUCGCAUUCGAGUUCAUCGUCUUCUUUACAUUCAGAGGGUAGUAGUGGCCGUAGCGGGCAUGGUAAAAAAGAAAGGGAGAAUGAAAAACCUGAAGUGAAACAUAAGCUUAAGAUUAACUGUGCUGAAGCACUAUGGAUGCUAUCGAAAGAGAGUGUUUCAAACAGUAGAAGAAUUACAGAGACAAAAGGACUGCUUUGCUUGGCAAAAAUUAUCGAGAAAGAAACAGGGGAUUUACAGCUGAAUUGCCUCAUGACAAUAAUGGAGAUUACUGCAGCGGCGGAAUUGAAUGCAGACCUAAGACGGGCAGCUUUCAAGACCAAUUCCCCAGCUGCAAAGGCUGUUGUAGAGCAGCUUCUGAGAUUAGUGCAAGAGGAAAGUAGUCCAUCACUGCAAGUUGCUGCUAUUAAAUCUAUUGGAUCGUUGGCUCGAACCUUCCCUGCUAGAGAGACUCGAAUUAUUAAUCCCAUCGUGCUUCAGCUUGGUAACAAGAACCCGAAUGUGGCAACAGAAGCCUCUGUUGCCUUGGGCAAGUUUGCCUGCCCAGAGAAUUUUCUUUGUGUGGAGCAUUCUAAGGCGAUUAUCGAGUAUGAUGGUGUCACACCUUUGUUGAGAUUACUUAGGGCCAGCGAUCGGGCACAGCUGCAUGGGUUAAUUCUCCUCUGUUACUUGGCAUUGCAUGUUGGUAAUAGUGAAGGCCUGGAGAGGGCAAGGGCAGCUCUUGAGGGCGCAGCUCGGUCUUCUUUAAUUCAACACCCUUCUUUGAGAGAUUUGAUUCCCAAGGCCAUUUCACACCUUGGGCUGUACCAGGAUGGACUUCAUUCUUUCAGGCAAUCUUACUCCACUUGAAUUUGGCAAGGUGAGUAGAAGAGCCUUCAGUUGGUUAUAGAUUUCUGAGUACAAGAAACAAAUGGUAGAAGAUUGUUUGUCAAGAAACAAUGUAUCAUGGUAAUGUAGAUAUUGAAUUGGUGGACAGUGUACUUACUUAUCAUCAUCACCUUAUAUUUCGAUGGCUUGGUUGGAAAAUAUCCGAUAGAAUACAACCUUUAUGUUUAUAUUGUUCACCUUUUCUAUUAAACGAAAUUGCUUCGCCUUGUAUUUUCAUGCCUUUAUUGCAAGUACUUUUUUUUAAUUGUUUUAUUGCUAGUGCUCGAUGAUUUUACUAUGACAA